AUGCCGCUUGACCGCGUACCACACUUUGUACACCACCUCCGUGGAACAGGUCACGCUGCCCCUAACAUUCCUUAUUUCAAAGCGAUCUCGCACAAUCCUAGUCGCACGCCUCACAGCUGGAGAAAGAGAAGCCUGAACGGCGGAACUAUAGGUGCGGGCGCGCACUCCGCGGAGCAAGGUCCUGUAGAGGAUAAUGAUUACUCCGCAUUCGCUCAAGCGUCAGGCGUUACAUCUACGAGACCUGGAUCGACUGACUGGUUGAUCGAGCUUGUAGUCGCCGCGCUCAGACCCGAGAGUGACUUGGUUACUCGACAAUACGCCUUGGCUGCGCUCCGCACUCUCACGUUUGGCGAUAGAAAGUGGCGAGAAAUCAAUUCUGCGCUCUUGGAGCACUGCGAGAAAGGCAUUGCGGACGUCGAGGCUAAUCUGAGCACACGUCAAACCGAAGUCGAGAUCACGGGGGAUGAUGAUGCCGCUACAGCGCCCGCAAUAGCCACCAGCUGGAUCGGGCGGAAACUCGCCAUCCAACAGCGUCCCUUCGCCAACGGGACUUCGAAUACGUACUUCAUCCUCGCUCCCGAGGACUACGAGCACGGCGCACCCCCGGCGCUAGAGGAUGCUCCCCUUCACUGUCUAUUCUGCAUCCCCAAACGCGAGUCUCAAGACGUCGACGACCCGUAUCGCAUGUGGAUCCUCAACUCCGCUCAAUGCUGGGAACCGAUCUUCAACAAGGCGCCCCAUCCCUCGUUACAUCCAUACGUGCUCAAGAUCAGAGCGUUCGACAAGACGCCAAGCUGGGUUCUGCCCGAAUCAGUACACCGCGAGGAGCGACGCACUCAGCGGAAGGGUACCAGCGCGACCGUCGCCGAUCCGGCCGUCAUUCAUACGCCGGAGACGCGUUCUGCGUCGGCUAGGAGGGUUGAGACUUCGCCAGUCAACUCGCGCAAGAAGGCAGUCCUUCGCUUCGCUUCAUCUGAAUCCGAUGAGUCCAAAGGACGACCUACAAACAAUGCUACGGGUGGCAGCAAGAACGCCACGGCGGGUCCCUCCAAGAACGCCGCAGCGGGUCCUUCCAAGAACGCAGUGGCGAGCUCUUCUAAGACCUUAUUGUAG